AUGCAACAUGACCAUCUCACAAGACCCGUUCCUGGUACAGGUAUAAAAUUGACUUUUCUCGAUAGUGAAGGGGAGGAAAUUAAAACUGUCGAAGCUAAUGAAGGUGAUGAUGUUUUGAGUCUAGCACAUGAACAUGAUGUUGAUUUAGAAGGAGCAUGCGAACGUUCUUUAGCAUGUUCGACAUGUCACGUUAUAGUCUCUCCUGAACAUUAUGAUCUUUUACCCGAACCGGAAGAUGAAGAGAAUGACAUGUUGGAUUUAGCUUUCGGUUUACAGGAUACGAGUAGAUUAGGAUGUCAAAUCAUUAUGAAACCUGAAUUGAACGGAAUGAAAGUUAAACUACCCGCCGCUACGAGGAACAUGUAUGUUGAUGGUGAGUAA